UUAAGCCUGGCGGGGUAGUGAGAUAACCAAUGGAGGAGGUGAGGGUGGCGGCGUCCAACCAGCUCCGCGCAUUCCACCUCCUGCCAGUGUGCUCAGGACCUCCUUGCCAGCCUUACCUCCCUCAGCCUCACGCCUUCCACACAGUCACCAUGGCCGAACAAGAAGACCUGGCCACUGCAAUCCUGAAGGAGAAGAAGAAGCCGAACCGUCUGGUAGUGGAGGAUGCAGUUAAUGAUGAUAACUCAGUGGUGGCUCUCAGUCAGGCCAAGAUGGAUGAGCUUCAGCUGUUCCGAGGAGACACUGUGCUCAUCAAGGGGAAGAAACGCAAGCAGACAGUGUGCAUCGUGUUAUCCGAUGACACGAUGAGUGACGACAAGAUCAGGAUGAACCGUGUGGUGAGGAACAACCUUCGCAUCCGCCUGGGGGACAUCGUGGCCAUCCAGCCGUGCCCAGAUGUUAAGUAUGGCAAGCGUAUCCAUGUCCUGCCUAUUGAUGACACAGUGGAGGGCCUCACAGGGAACAUCUUUGAGGUGUACCUCAAGCCAUACUUCCUGGAGGCAUACCGGCCCAUCCACAAGGGCGACCUGUUCUUGGUGCGUGGGGGCAUGCGAGCUGUGGAGUUCAAGGUGGUGGAGACAGACCCAGCCCCAUACUGCAUUGUUUCCCAGGACACUGUCAUCUACUGCGAGGGAGAGCCUGUUAAGCGGGAGGAGGAGGAGGAACAGCUGAACGAGGUGGGAUAUGAUGACAUUGGAGGUUGCCGUAAGCAGCUGGCACAAAUCAAGGAGAUGGUGGAGCUGCCUCUGCGUCACCCCUCCCUCUUCAAGGCCAUUGGUGUCAAGCCCCCUCGAGGUAUCUUGCUUUACGGCCCUCCUGGUACUGGCAAGACCCUGAUAGCCCGUGCUGUGGCCAAUGAGACAGGAGCAUUCUUCUUCCUCAUCAAUGGCCCAGAGAUCAUGUCCAAGCUGGCAGGUGAGUCGGAGAGCAACCUGCGGAAGGCAUUCGAGGAGGCAGAGAAGAAUGCCCCGGCUAUCAUCUUCAUUGACGAGAUUGAUGCCAUUGCCCCCAAGAGAGAGAAGACUCAUGGGGAGGUGGAGCGCCGCAUCGUGUCGCAGCUCCUCACACUGAUGGACGGCCUGAAGCAACGGUCUCAUGUCAUUGUGAUGGCCGCCACCAACAGGCCCAACUCAAUCGACCCGGCCCUCAGGAGGUUUGGCCGAUUUGACCGAGAGGUGGACAUCAGCAUUCCAGACACAACCGGCCGUCUCGAAGUGCUCAGGAUUCACACCAAGAACAUGAAACUCUCGGAUGACGUGGACCUUGAACAGAUUGCCGCCGAGACACACGGCCAUGUGGGCGCUGACCUGGCCGCCCUGUGCUCCGAGGCGGCCCUGCAGCAGAUCAGGGAGAAGAUGGACCUUAUUGACCUUGAUGAUGACCAAAUUGAUGCUGAGGUGCUUAACUCCUUGGCUGUCACGAUGGAGAACUUCAGGUUUGCAAUGGGUAAGAGCACCCCAUCGGCACUCAGGGAGACAGUGGUGGAGGUGCCCAACAUCACCUGGGACGACGUGGGUGGCCUGGAGAACGUCAAGAGGGAGCUGCAGGAGCUGGUGCAGUACCCUGUGGAGCACCCAGACAAGUUCCUCAAGUUUGGCAUGACGCCCAGCAAGGGAGUGCUCUUCUACGGGCCCCCAGGAUGUGGUAAGACACUGCUGGCCAAGGCUAUUGCUAAUGAGUGCCAGGCCAACUUCAUCUCCAUCAAGGGCCCCGAGCUGCUCACCAUGUGGUUUGGCGAGUCUGAAGCCAACGUGCGAGAUGUGUUUGACAAGGCCCGUGCUGCUGCCCCCUGUGUGCUGUUCUUUGAUGAGCUGGACAGCAUUGCCAAGGCCAGGGGUGGGUCAGUGGGUGAUGGUGGUGGAGCUGCAGACAGAGUUAUCAACCAGGUCCUGACAGAGAUGGACGGGAUGGGCGCCAAGAAAAAUGUUUUCAUCAUCGGCGCCACCAACAGGCCAGACAUCAUUGACCCGGCCAUCCUGCGUCCCGGCCGUCUGGACCAGCUCAUCUACAUCCCGCUGCCUGAUGAGAAGUCCCGUGUCCAGAUCCUGAAGGCUUGUCUCAGGAAGUCCCCGGUGUCCAAGCGUGUGGACCUGGAGUACCUGGCCAAGGUGUCCCACGGGUUCUCUGGCGCCGACUUGACUGAGAUCUGCCAGAGGGCCUGCAAGCUUGCCAUCAGACAGGCCAUUGAGGCAGACAUCCGCCGGGAAAAGGAGAGAGCCGAGGGUGACAACAUGGAUAUGGAGGAGGAGGACCCGGUGCCGGAGAUCACCCGCGACCACUUUGAAGAGGCCAUGAAGUUUGCCCACCGCUCCGUCUCGGACAACGACAUCCGCAAGUACGAGAUGUUCUCCCAGACGCUACAGCAGAGUCGCGGCUUUGGGUCAAACUUCCGCUUCCCCGACCAACAGGGGCAGGGCGGCAGCAGUCAGGGCGGGAACUUUGGCACGGACGGGGAAGAUGACGAUCUCUAUUCCUAAGUUCCAUUCCUCCCUCAUCCAUCCUCCUGUGAGCCGCUGACCUGCUGCCAUUAUUGGUGUUGCUGCCACCACCACCACUGCUACUACUGUUGCUGCUGCUGUCUGUAUUGCUUCCAUUCAGGGGGUCAAGAGCACAGCAGCAGCAGCAGCAGCAGCAUUCAUGGCCACAUCAAAACAUGACAUAGCUUUGUCAUUCCCUCUGUGAUGCAGAGAGAAAGAGUUAAGGGACAAAGAAAUCAGUAUAAAGUAAAAAUGUUUAAGGAUGUUGAGUACAUUUAGACAUGCAUACAACAUACACGCACACGCACACACACACGCACACACGCAGUCAACCCAGUGUAUGGCAUGCUGUGCAGGAGAUGCAGUUACUUAGACAGCCGCCUGCACCCUCGCGGCCAGACCGUGUUGGGGCGUUGGCAGCUCAGCGAUGGGCAUGAACUGCUGGUCAGGGUACAUACUAGAGUAAGGGCGUCCAGCAGUGUACGGGGCACCGGGGAGUAGGCAUCCCCGUGGCCCUGCCCUCCACACCACCACCACCACCAGGCACCCUUACCUCACCCCGGCAGGAGGAGGGGCAGGGCAGCCAGGCGCCGACAAGAUGGCCGGUUGCCUGAGGUGUUUUAUAUUGUAGACACUGUGGUGUUAUUUUUGUGUAUUUAGGGAAAAGAGCAAGUGUUUGCAUUCUGGUUAAUCAAUUUAGGGCUCAUGAGUUAUUCAUAGCAUUAAGGGUUUUCUUUUCAUUUCCAUUCUCUUUUUUAUUAUUAUCUUUCUUCUGUCUUCUCUGCAGUUUUAGUUCCAUCUUGUAUUGUGAGUGAGGCCAUGAUUGCCGUGCAGGUGAGGGUGUGUCCAGGUAAAGACAGCCUGAGAUGCAAGGUGUCUGUGUAUCAUAAUUACCUGUUUAAGUGUUGAUACAUAAACUUAACCUUUUCUUACACAUUAAAAGAGAAGUCUUGA